UGUAUUUUGUUUAUUUUCAGAAAAUAUUGUUGAUUUGGGUCUAGUAUAUUGUAUAUAAUGUUCUGAUCUUUGAGCAUUUUGAAAAGAUCCUUGACCUUCGGAAGCAUCCUUGAAAUGCGAUCUUUUCCUAUAGCGUCAUGCCAACUACCAGUUGGGCAAUGGCAUUUGAUACGCGUAAAUUAUUGUUUGUGAGAGUUUAGUCAGUGUCGUAAAUGGUUAAACACUUUUAACUCAUGGUUAAAGGAAAGAUAGUAUUGCUAGCAAAACUCACUCCUUAUAGUGGGAAUUUGACCACCGCUCGAAGAAUCAGGUCAUAUCUUUUGGAGUCUGAUUAUAUCUGUGAACUCAAGAACACUGCAAGUUUUGAUAAGGCCCAAGAUUUUGUAAAUCACUUGCUAGAAAACAAAUUUAAUUGUGUAAUUUGUGUUCAUUUAUGGCGGGCAGGAAGGCUUCUUUUAGGUUCAUCAAUACCAUUUUCAGUCAUAUUUGGUGGUACUGAUCUCAAUGUAGACACCUACAACUGGAACAGGUUGAAAGUGAUGACAAGGGUGGUAAAGAAAGCAAGACUUCUUGUGGCAUUCUCACAAGUGAUGGCAAAACGAGCUGAAGAAGUUUGGCCUGACAUCAAGACAAAAUUGUUCAUACAACCACAAGCUGUUAUGACAUAUCCUUUGCACAACUUCGAAGAUGAAGAUGAGAUGGAUAGAGUUUUGCUUGAAAUAUCAGAAAAUGACAAGGAAUUGUUUUAUCCAAUGAAAAAUAAGAUCAUCUUUACUCUUGUUGCUGGUCUAAGACCUGUGAAGGAUCCAAUGUUUCUUUUCAACAGUUUUUCUUGCUGGCACUGUGAAGAUUCCAGGAUACAUUUGGUAGUAAUUGGACCAGAGAUAGAUCUGGAGUUUUCAAAGACAGUAAAAGAUGAGGCUAAAAGGUACCCAGGUGUAGUUGUAUUACCACCUGUAUCCCAACCUCGACUUUAUGCAUUCCUUAAGAAUUACACGGUUGCCUUGGUAAAUUCAUCUUUAAGUGAAGGAAUGGCAUCGUCAAUUAUAGAGGCUAUGUAUUUGGAAAUUACUGUAAUUGCUAGAAAAAUAGCCGGCAAUGAAAGCCUUAUAAAACACGAGGAAAAUGGACUUCUUUUUGAAACUACACAGGAGUUUUUGUCGUUAGCAAAGAGAGUGGCUUACGACGACGAGUAUCGAGACAAAAUAAAAAAAGGCGGUAAAAAAUACAUCGUAAAUAAUCAUUGUCAGAUGAUAGAGGGAAAGACUUACAAAUCUGUUGUUAAAACAAUGUUGGAAUGACUGACGCAUCGUAUAGAGAAUGGUAUGCAAUAAGAUAUGAAGUAAUAAAUAUGUUAUAAAAUAUGUGUAAAGCAUUGGCGUUAAUCAAGCGUUAAUUAUGACAGAAAGUAUCAUCGUUUUCUAAAGAAAUGAGCCAGGCAUACCUGAAUAAUAUGUAUGUGAUCUCCCCCAACCAACGUUUUAUUUACUCCAAUGGUGUAAAGUAUGAUACACAGAGUUGUAUAAAGUAUGAUGAAAAUAUUGUAUAAAAUAUGGUAUCUACGUAGUGUGGUAUGAAGUAUAUUUAAAAACAAUGUACAAUGGUAUUUCUUAUGAACCAUGAGGUCUUUCGCAUCGAAACAACGCAGUAAUUAAAUUUAAAAAAAAUUGUGUAUAUAGUAUAAUUGUCAUAAGUAUUUUGUAGAAGUAUAUGGAUUACAGAAUAUGGUA